AUGUCAACUCGAGAAAACCAACUUGAUGAGCCACUUCUACCAUUUAGAACCAGCUUCAGUUCCAGUAAUGACCCUCUCGAUAGAGCUGGAUGCUGCAAGGCAACUACAGUAAUUCUCAUUGUUCUGUUUGUUUGUGGAGUUUUGGCACUUGGAUUAUCUGCAAUCGUUUGGAAAGUUUAUGAUGAUUUUGAUGGUGAUAAAAACCAUACGACAACUACUACUCCAGUGUCUCCGGUUUGCAAUAAAAGAAUUGUUGGAUUUUUCAGCAAUCACCAGACCAAAGACAUCACAAAGAUUCAACUCGAGAAGCUAACGCAUGCUGUUUUUUCCUAUAUGCUACUAUUUCCGAACGGAACAAUUCAAUUCAAAAAUGACAAGGCAAGACAAAGAUUUUCUGGUUUAAAAAACAAAGCAAGAAAUACGACCUUGAAUGUGAAACUUUUGAUUUCAAUUGGUGGUCCGGAUAACUUUGAGCACUUUUCAGAGGUCAUAAUGGACCCGAAGAAACAAAGAACACUCACAGAAUCGAUCAUCUCAUUCCUUAAAGAACAACAAACCAAUGGAGUUGACAUAUUCUGGAAAUGGCCGAAAGAAACCGAUAAAUUUCAAUUCACAGAGUUUUUAAAGAAUUUGAAAGAGACUAUGAAAGAAGAAGGAAACCAAUACACCCUAUCCAUAACUGCUCCAGCAGCUGGAAUUAAACACUGGACUUCAGGUUUUGAUGUAGAUGAAAUAGUCGAAGUUGUAGACUUCAUAAAUGUGCUGACUAUGGACUACUAUGGACCAUGGCUGAACGAGUAUGGGACUCCUACUGGUCCAAUUGCUCCAUUGUAUUCAGGAGUUGGAGAUAGAAAAAACUUCAACGUGGACUAUACAAUGCAUUAUUACUCAUGUGAAACAAAACAACCGGAGAAGUUUAAUAUUGUGAUCCCAUUUUUUGGGAGGUUAUGGAAGAAUGUGAAGGGUGCGGUUGAGCAAGGAAAGGAAGCAUUCAGAGAUGUGCACUUAAAGGAUAAUACAACAGAAGGUGAUCCCUACAUGUCGAGAUGGACUGUCGAGCAUGAGGGAUGGAAAAUAACACCUUCUACUUGGGAUGAAGACUCCAAGAGUUCUUAUAUCUACGAUGCAGAUGCUAAAACGUACUUGACAUUUGAAAACGAACGAAGUUUAACAGCAAAGAUGAAUUUUGUGAAAGAGAAAAAUUUAGGAGGAGUUUGGAUUUGGGCAGUGGAUAUGGAUGACGUCAAAAAUAGUCUCCUAAACACAAUAACUUCAGAUGGAAUGUGCUCUGAUAGUACUGAAGAUAGUUUUAAAUACAAUUGUUAA